AUGCCCACUCUGCGGAAAGCCUGCGCGACGAAAGACUGUUCUAUGAGAUCCAUCCGCGGGAUGAUAUUCAGCUCAGAGGCCCGCGUUGGUCGCGGCGUCCACGUACCUACUAUUACCCCACGAAACGAGUCCUCGGCACACCCGCGCUUUCCUUCGCUAGAAUCCGUCCUUGGUCCAGGGCGUAAUCUACAGGAGACUUGGGUGGACUUGGUGGGCAGCGCAAGGGCACAGCGAUUCCUCGUUGCUGCCCAUUAUGAUCCCGCCCUUCCUGUCAACGAAGCGCUCAGGAAGAUUUCACCAGACAUCGAGUGGCGCGGUGACUUGAUCGUCAUGCGUGCGGGUACUUGGGUGUUCGUCACCGACGUUGGUGCACAGGCGCUGGCCGUCCGAGCUGUCCAAAAAUACCUCCGCAAGUGCAGCGAGGUUGUCGCCACUGCGACUGCGCGAGGUCUGCCCAUCGAAUUGCCAGUAUUGGUGUAG